AUGUAAUUCCUCUCAAAAUAUCAUAAUCUCAUCUAAAAGUAUCCGCUAGCAACAAAAUCUAUCACAGCAGGUUAUAAAUGAUUGAUAAAGUCUAGGAUUCAUUGUUUCUUUUGGAGAUUUUACAGUCUAAACCAUGAAACCAUAUUUCGACUAAACAACUCAACCUUAAAAAUUGAAUUUAAGAAGAUUAGGAAUAGCCUGGCUAAUGGGAAAUGUCUUUAUGGGGCCUUUAUUUCACUAUAACUUUACAUACAUGUUACCUUGGCUAGUAAAGAGGUCGCAUAAUUUUUAUAAACUAUAGAUUACCAUUCGAUACUUCUACACCUAUAAGAAGAGCAUUUGGGUCUGUUUUAAUUGAUUAAACUGUGUGGAGUUGUUAUCUACUCUGUCAUUAUUUAAUUAUAAUAAAUUUUCUUGAAAGUGGUUCAAUUACCAAAGGUAUAGAGGCAAUUAAAAAAAACUUUACAAAAGUUAUGAUAACUAAUUGGUAAGUGUGGCCAGCUGCUUAAAUUAUCAAUUUUUGGUUAAUCCCUCGACCAUAUUAAGUUCUAUGGGUAAAUCUUAUAGGAUAUUUUUGGAAUAUAUAUUUGAGUUAUAUAUAACAUAAAUGA